CCAUCAUGUACUCCUGGUUGGUUCCAGCCCAGAUUGGUGUGAGAAUGGAAAAUCUGCAAUGAUGUCAAGAUUCGCAUACCAAGGAAACCUUCGGCACAUCGAUUCGACAAGCAACCACUUUGAAACUUUGAUGUGGAGACAACAUUUCAUGAACAUCGGAUUGAAGCCAUUAGCAUUAAAAAAGAGGGACAACAAUCAAAUUCUUCCUUUCAUUCCUGCGCUACAAAACAACAGGGCCUCUUUCGCAGUAUCCUGACUGUACUGAUUCCCUUCAUCCGCCAGCCCAAUGUUUCACUUCGCAACCUACAUCUUCUCUACGAAGCGCGCAUAUAUUUCCGUCAACCAUACUUGUUUCUCCUCUCUUCGCCUUGACACAUCACUUGUUCGCUCUUCUCGCAUUUCGCAUUCUCAUCUCACUCCCACUCACCUCAGCAUUUCCGCGAUGCCUCUUC